AUGCCAAGGAAAUAUAAAAAGAAACAUUCAUAUAAAAAGUAUAGUAAAAAUUACUUUCAACUGGCUAUUGAAUCAGUAAGCGCUGGAUAUUCUAUACGUGAAUCAGCAAUAAGAUAUGGUGUUCCUUAUUCUACUUUAAAUUUGCACAUUAAUAAUGAAGUUUCACAUGAUCGAGUUGGUCGACCAACAAAAUUUAGUCAAGAAGAAGAAGAUCAUUUGGAAAAAGCCGCUCUUAUUUUACAGAGUUGGGGUGUACCAUUAACUAUCGACGAAUUUUUAAAGCUUUCCAAACAAUAUGCAUUAUCACUUAAUAAAAUCCAUUUGUUUUCUUCAGGAACGCCAACAUAUGAUUGGCUUUACUCUUUUUUGAAUCGUCAUAAUAAUCUUAUUUUAAAGAAAUCCUAUCCAUUAGAGAAAAAACGUGCAGCAUUGACAUGUGAACAAGUCGAUAAUUGGUUUCAGCUGCUAAAUAAAAUUAUUCAAGAAAAUGAUUUAGCUGAUCGCCCUGCUCAAAUUUUUAAUUCAGAUGAGUCGGGAAUGUCCGACAACAUAAGCUAUUCCAAAGUUAUUGUUCAUAGAUAUACGUCGAAUGCUUAUCGCAUUCAAGGCGGUACUGGAGGUAGAUCUUAUAUAAGUGUAAUGUUUUGUGGUUCUGCUACCGGUCUUCUAUUACCACCAUUCGUUAUAUACAAAUCGAAACGAUUGCUCGAUGAAUGGUGCAUUGGCGGGCCAACUGAUAUAGGCUAUGAUUGUUCAGAGAAGUUCUUAAAAGAUGAAUAUACUCGUACAAAUUUUAGAAGUAUUACUAAAGCUCAAUUUCCAUCAUUACUAAAGCAGGUAUGGACAAGUGAUCCUGUUGGAACAAAAACAAAUGUUGUGAAAAGUUUUAUGAAAGCUGGAAUAUUCCCUUUCAAUCCAAAUAGUAUUGAUCGCUCACGUAUUUUGAAGAAUAAUACGAAUGUUGACAAAAAUAUAACAAAUACUUCUAUUAAUUUACCUAAUGAUAAUCAAACAUCAACAUUUGAUAGUCCAUCGUCUCCGCAACCAAUUACUUCUCCAUUUGCUUCUUCUCAUCAAGCGAUUGCUGCUCUUGAUCAAAUUUUAGAAGAAACAAAAUUAAACACCAGUUAUAUUGAAGAUUUAAACGAUCAUGUAGAUAAUGAUGAUGAUGAUGAUGAUGAUGAAUAUCUACCAUCGAAUUCAAAUCUUGCUUCAUCAAUAUCUACUUCAUCCAACCAACAAAACAAAAUAAUAGCAUCAACAAGUCAUCAAUCUGUUCUGUCAACACAAAAGAAAAAAAGAAAGAGAAAAUUUUCAACUAUUAUCGGUUUCGAUACGUCAGAAGAAGAUGAUGACGAAAAUUUGAGUUCACCAACAUCAAAAUCUCAACAACUGCAAAAGAAAUAUGAACUUCAACCAAGGAAAACUUUAUCAUCAAAGCAUGAUCAAACUAUUUCACCAGAAGAACAAAAAAAAAGAAUGAAGUUGGCCUUGAAAACUGUUGGUUUCGAUACAUCAGAUGAAGAAGACACGGUGUCGAAUUCAUUAACACCAAACUCUCAAAACUCAAUUCAGGCGAUUACAAAUGCAAUACAAACAGUUUUUGGUACACAAUCAAAUAAAACAUCAAAGCAACCUUCAAAACGAACAGUAAUUAAUAGAUCUAAUGGACAAAUUAUAACGGAAAAAAUUGUGAUUGAACAACUUGAAGAACGAAAAAACAAGCGAAACACUAAACGAUCAAGUUCAAAUAAUCGAACAACGAGCGCACCAAAACGACAAAAAAAAGCAAACAAUAGUAUGAUAGAUCAAUCGAUCAUAUUUGGUACCAACAGUACAAUAGCAAUUCAUCCAACAAGUCCACUAAUUGGUACAACUCAAUCUUCCAUCUCCUUCGAUUAA